UACCAUGACAACGGCUGUUGUGAAACACCGCUGCAAAAUAUUGUGAACUCCUCCUAACCCGCCAGGCGGUUGCAAGCUGCAAGUACUUACACAUAUAGUUUUUAUGUAAUUGCAGUAAGAACCAUUGUUUGGUAGCAUUUCAUGGUGUGUGCAUCCAUGUCGAAGUACAAGACAUCUGGAUACAAAGGUUCAUAUGACUGUGGCAAAAACGAGGAGCGGGAGGUAAGAAGUUGUGUGCGCUACAAAUGCGGUCUAUUCAACACCAUACAGGAUGUCCUGCGCCAAAGACCAGGCUGGGUUGAAGUCAAAGAUGAUGGAGAGUGGGAUUUCAACUGGUGUGAUGUGGGCUGGCUCAGGGAGAAUUUUGAUCAUUCAUACAUGGAGGAACAUGUCAGGAUAAACCACUUUCGCAACCAUUAUGAGCUGACUCGCAAAAACCUGAUGGUGAAAAACCUCAAAAGAUACAGGAAAAACCUUGAACGUGAUAUUGGCCGCAUGGAGGCAUCCAGAUGUGAUUUUUUCCCCUGCACCUUUGCACUGCCUAGCGAGUAUCAUCUCUUUGUAGAGGAGUUCAAAAGAAGUCCCGGCAGCACCUGGAUCAUGAAGCCGGUAGCAAAAUCUCAAGGGAAAGGCAUUUUCCUGUUCAGGAAAUUGAAAGACAUCAUGGAUUGGAAGAAGGAUGGCACCCGCUCAGAGGAACAGAAGGACACAGCUCAAGUGGAAAGCUAUGUGGCACAACGCUACAUAGAGAACCCCUACCUAAUUAAUGGUAGGAAAUUUGAUCUGAGGGUCUAUGUGCUGGUCACAUCAUAUGUUCCCUUGAAGGCAUGGCUGUAUCGAGAUGGCUUUGCCCGCUUCUCAAGCACCCGCUUCUCUCUCAGCAGUAUUGAUGACAAGUAUAUGCAUCUCACCAAUGUGGCUGUUCAAAAAACAGCGCCUGACUAUGAUCCUGAAAAGGGAUGUAAGUGGCAAAUGCAGCAGCUUCGAAGAUACCUCACUGCAAAACACGGUAGAGAGAUGGUAGAAACCCUGUUUAAAGAGAUGGAUAACAUCUUUGUCCGCAGUCUACAGAGUGUACAGAAAGUCAUUAUAAAUGACAAACACUGCUUUGAGCUCUAUGGGUACGACAUUCUACUGGAUCAGAACCUCAAGCCGUGGUUAAUUGAGGUGAAUGCCUCUCCGUCACACACACCCAGUAGUCAAGAGGAUUAUGAGAUGAAGUGCAGGCUGCUGGAAGACACUUUGAAUGUUGUCGACAUGGAGGGAAGGCUGACGGGCAAGGAGAAAAGGGUGGGUGGCUACGAUCUCAUGUGGAACGAUGGGCCUGUCUACAGAGAAGAUGUCAACCUAGAAACAUUCGGCAGUUCAUGUUUCACUGCCAACACACACUUAGGGUGUGUGAAUGACAGAGAGAAGCAGCUUCGCCGUCUACUAAAACCAUUUCCAGGCCAGAAGAGGAUGUAAUCACACCCAUCAUGUCUAUAUCCUGCUACCAUAGUAGUAGUAACUGAAAAAAACUUCAGUAAAACUUCCUUGAUUAGUCCCCUGUGAUAAUGUGACCAGAUACCAACCUUGGUUAAAAACUGAAUAUGAUAAGUGGUAUAAAAAUGUUUUACAGUUGAAUUAGUAGUAACUAGCAUGAUUUAAUGAGCAUUAGCAUAGCUGGUUAUGUUAGGAUUUUAUCAGUUUGUCAGUAAUAAAGAUAGUUUUGGUGCUCUUAAAAAUGGCCAACAGAUAAUGCUUCUAGUGUGCAAAACAUUUAUUUCUAUGCCUUACAAAUACUUGCAUUCAACAUUGAGAAAAUACGUACCACAAUCUUUCUGCGUGCGUGUCAACAUAGUGUACACAUUAAUUAUAACAUCGCCACACCUGGCCCCUUAACUAUGGCUUUGAUACUUUACAGGAAUAUUAAGUAAAGAGGUGCAAUCUGAAUACAUAUCGCAUCAUUUACAUUGAUGAAGUGUUCCCAUGAAUGAUUUGCACAUGGUAAAUCACAAGAAACACAUAAGACACUCUAAUGUAAACACAGUGUUCUAAAGACUUCAAGUGUUACUACAGCCUAACAUCUAAGAUGUAUUGAAAUUUCAUGGAAUCCUCAGAAUGACAAAUGGUACAGCAUCAGUAGACAUAAAGUUACAUUCAGCUCUUUUUUCUUUUUGUGCAUGAUAAUGUAAACAUAAGAA